GCCGUGAGUCGAAAUUGACUCAACAGCAACUAACAAUAACAUAAAUUAUUUAAUGAACUCAAAUUAUUCCCGUCUUUUAGGCCUGCUUAUGAAGGGAUUAACUGCUCUGCCGUGCCCAGCGCCUUCCUACCGUCUUGUGAUCCCAAAAAUAGCUCAGGAAUUAAAUUGUAAAUAAGAUGAAAAAUUCCGAAAGAGCUGAAGAGAUGCAAGACAAUUAUCAGAGAAAUGGAACACUGCAAGAACUGCCUCAAGUGAGACAGCAAGCUGUUGGACCUAUUGAAAUAUUCCGCUUUGCUGAUGGACUGGACAUCACGCUCAUGAUCCUGGGAUUACUGGCAUCACUGGUGAACGGAGCCUGUCUUCCCGUAAUGUCACUGGUUUUAGGAAAAAUGAGUGAUAACCUAAUUAGCGGUUGUCUAAUCAGAACCAACACAACAAAUUAUCAGAACUGUAAUCAGUCCCAAGAGAAGUCGAAUGAAGAAAUGAUGCUGUUGACAUUGUAUUAUAUUGGAGUAGGACUGACUGCCUUGGUUUUUGGCUACAUGCAGAUUUCUUUUUGGGUUAUAACUGCAGCACGACAGACCAAGAGAAUUCGAAAACAGUUUUUUCAUUCAGUUUUGGCACAGGACAUCAGCUGGUUUGAUGGCUGUGACAUUGGUGAACUCAACACUCGCAUGACUGAGGACCUCAACAAAAUCAAUGAUGGUAUUGGAGACAAGUUUGCCCUGCUGUUUCAAAACAUGUCUACUUUUUCUAUUGGCCUAAUGGUUGGUUUGGUGAAGGGCUGGAAACUCGCCCUGGUGACUCUGUCCACGGCUCCACUUAUCAUGGCUUCAGCCGCAGUGUGUUCUAGGAUGGUCAUCUCGUUGACCAGCAAGGAAUUAAGUGCCUAUUCCAAAGCUGGUGCUGUAGCAGAAGAAGUUUUGUCAUCAAUCCGAACAGUCAUAGCCUUUGGAGGCCAAGAGAAAGAAAUUCAAAGGUAUACACAGAAUUUAAAAGAUGCAAAAGAUGUUGGUAUAAAAAAGGCGAUAGCUUCGAAACUGUCUCUUGGUGCUGUGUACUUCUUUAUGAACGGAACCUAUGGGCUUGCUUUUUGGUAUGGAACGUCCUUGAUUCUUAGUGGAGAACCUGGUUAUACCAUUGGGACAGUUCUUGCUGUCUUCUUUAGUGUAAUCCACAGUAGCUAUUGCAUUGGAGCAGCAGCCCCUCACCUUGAAAGCUUCGCUGUGGCCCGAGGAGCUGCCUUUAAUAUUUUCCAGGUUAUUGAUCAGAAACCCACUAUAGAUAACUUUUCAACAACUGGAUGUAAACCCGAAUAUAUAGAAGGAACUGUGGAAUUUAAAAAUGUUUCUUUCAGUUAUCCAUCAAGACCAUCUAUCAAGAUCACGGUAGAUGAGAAUGACAUCAGAACCCUAAAUGUGCGGUAUUAUCGAGAACAUAUUGGAGUGGUCAGCCAGGAGCCUGUUUUGUUCGGGACCACUAUUAGGAACAACAUCAAAUACGGACGAGAUGAUGUGACUGAUGAAGAGAUUGAGAAGGCAGCAAAGGAAGCAAAUGCUUAUGAUUUUAUAAUGGAAUUUCCCAAUAAAUUUAAUACCUUGGUUGGGGAGAAAGGAGCUCAAAUGAGUGGAGGGCAGAAACAGAGAAUCGCAAUUGCUCGAGCUUUAGUUCAAAACCCCAAGAUUCUGAUCUUAGAUGAGGCGACAUCUGCCCUCGAUACAGAAAGUGAAUCAAUCGUUCAGGCUGCACUGGAAAAGGUAGAUAUUAAAAAAGCUGAUGAACAGAUGGAAUCCAUGACAUAUUCUACUGAAAAAAAUAUCAGUUCAGUUCCUCCAUGCUCUGUGAAUACCAUCAAGUCAGGCUUAAAAUCAGACUUUGCUGACAAGUCUGAAGAAUCCAUCCAAAAUAAAGAGGCAAGUGUCCCUGAAGUUUCUUUACUAAAAAUCAUGAAAUUAAGUAAGUCUGAAUGGCCUUUUGUGGUUCUGGGGACAUUGGCUUCUGUUCUAAAUGGAACUGUUCAUCCAGUAUUUUCUAUCAUCUUUGCAAAAAUUAUAACUGGAUUGUUUUAUGGCAGAGCGGGAGAAAUAUUAACAAUGAGAUUAAGACACUUGGCAUUUAAAGCCAUGUUAUAUCAGGAUCUCACCUGGUUUGAUGAUAAGGAAAACAACACAGGAGCCUUGACAACAAUAUUAGCCGUAGAUAUAGCACAAAUUCAAGGAGCAACAGGUUCAAGACUUGGUGCCAUAACACAAAAUGCAACGUGCAUGGGACUCUCAGUUAUCGUUUCUUUCAUAUAUGGAUGGGAGAUGACACUCUUGAUUCUGGUUAUUGCCCCAGUGCUUGCUCUGACAGGAAUAAUUGAAACUGCGGCAAUGACUGGAUUUGCCAACAGGGAUAAGCAAGAACUUAAGCAUGCUGGAAAGGGUAGGUUCUCCGAUCGAAUGGCCCCAGGAGAUUUGAAGGAUCUGGUUUCAUUCUGUCAUGGAGUUACAGCACUAAUUUUUACUGCAGUUGCAUAUGGAGCUCUGGCCAUUGGAGAAACACUUGUUUGGACACCUCAAUAUUCCAAAGCCAAAUCUGGGGCUGCACAUCUGUUUGAUUUGUUGGAGAAGAAGCCAACCAUAGAUAGCCACAGUCAAAAUGGGAAAAAACCAGACACAUGUGAAGGGAAUUUAGAGUUUCGAGAAGUCUCUUUCUUCUAUCCAUGUCGCCCAGAUGUCCUCAUCCUUCAGGGCUUGUGCCUCAGUAUCGAGAAAGGGAAGACAGUAGCAUUCGUCGGGAGCAGCGGCUGUGGGAAGAGCACUUGUGUUCAGCUUCUGCAGCGGUUCUAUGACCCCCUGAAAGGGCAAGUGCUCUUUGAUGGUGCAGAUGCAAAGGAAUUAAACGUACAGUGGCUUCGUUCCCAAAUAGCAAUCGUUUCCCAGGAGCCUGUGCUCUUCAACUGCAGCAUUGCCGAGAACAUUGCCUAUGGUGAUAACAGUCGUGUUGUGCCAUUGGAUGAGAUAAAAGAAGUAGCAAAUGCAGCAAAUAUCCAUUCCUUUAUUGACGCUCUCCCUGAGAAAUACAAUACACAAGUUGGACUGAAAGGAGCACAGCUUUCUGGCGGCCAGAAACAAAGAAUAGCUAUUGCUAGGGCUCUUCUUCGAAAACCAAAAAUUUUAUUGUUGGAUGAGGCCACUUCAGCCCUUGAUAACGAGAGUGAAAAGGUGGUACAGCAUGCCCUGGAUAAAGCCAGGAGAGGGAGGACGUGUCUAAUCGUGACCCACAGACUCUCCACAAUACAGAAUGCAGAUUUGAUAGUGGUUCUGUACAAUGGAAAAAUAAGGGAGCAGGGAACUCAUCAAGAGCUCCUGAGAAAUCGAGACAUAUACUUUAAAUUAGUAAAUGCACAGUCAGUACAGUGA